GCUACGUUUGUUUACUAUAUAUAUAUACACAUAUACAUACAUACAUACAUAUUUGUCAUUUAUCUAUGUACAUUUUGAAGAAAAAUAUAUAAAAAGGAACCAAUCCCUUACAGACGUGUCCAUUGCCGUUGAAAACGCGCAUUUACCUCUCCUCCUCUUUUCUCUUCUCCUCUUUUCUCUUCUCCUCUGUUUAAUCUUCUUCUUGUGUUUGUCAACCCAUGGGUUUGCCUCUUUCUCUCUGGCACCCAUGACCUGCAUUUUCUAAUUUCCACUCUGUUAUAACGAUUCUUAUAGUUACGGAACCGGAGAAACCGUUUCUUCUCUGGCUGAUAACUCAUUUUUCAACCACUAAUUGAGCUGCCGGAAGGGGGUGCUCGGGACAGCUUUUGAUAGGUUGGUGACGCUUAUGGAUCUGAGGAGAUUGGCGCGAGUGCUGUUCGUCGCGGUGGUUCUGGUGAUCUACCUUCACGGUGAAGUUGCUCGUGCCAACAUUCUGUUCCGAGUGCAGAACAAGUUCGCUGGGAGAGAGAGGAGUCUUGGUGCUCUCAAGGCCCAUGAUGCCCACCGUCACGCCAGAAUCCUCUCCGCCGUCGAUCUCCCUCUCGGUGGCGAUAGCCUUGCCGAGUCUGCCGGGCUAUACUUUACAAAAAUUGGGCUUGGAUCUCCAUCAAAGGACUAUUAUGUGCAGGUUGAUACAGGAAGUGAUAUCCUCUGGGUGAACUGUGCUGAAUGUACAAGGUGUCCCAAGAAAAGUGAUUUGGAUAUAAAACUCACAUUAUAUGAUACGAAGAGCUCCUCAACUGCAAAAAGGGUUACUUGUGAUGAUGAUUUUUGUUCUCUUAUAAGUAGCAGUCAAUCAUCUACCUGUCAGUUAGGCUCUCCUUGUGAAUAUACUGUUGUUUAUGGAGAUGGAAGCUCAACUAAUGGGUACUUUGUGAGAGACACCGUACACCUGGACCAAGUGACCGGAAACCAUCAAACUGGAUCAACAAAUGGGAGUAUUGUGUUUGGGUGUGGAGCUAAACAGUCUGGACAGCUUGGUGGGUCUCAAUCAGCAGUUGAUGGUAUACUUGGAUUUGGUCAAAAAGAGACAUCCAUGAUUUCACAGCUUGCUGCUGCUGGAAAGGUGGCAAGAAAGUUUGCACACUGCUUAGAUAAUGUCAAUGGUGGUGGAAUUUUUGCCAUUGGAGAAGUGGUGUCCCCAAAAGUGAAAACAACUCCGAUGGUACCAAAUCAGUAUGUGAUGCUAUCUUAGGUUAUUUAUCUUUUCUUUACAUUUUAUG